UGGGAAUCUAAUGCACUGGAUCUCAGAAUGAGUGAUCCGGUCGCACUCUCUCCCACUGUACGCUAUAAUGACUGAUGAAGGCAACGAGGGACUUGUGAUACUGCAACCAUUGAGCAGAUGUUGCCGUGAGAGACUAUAGUGCUGCAACAAGAGACAAGAMGCGUCUUGGAUCACAMAUCGGAUAAGUGCGCAUGCUCCGUCCGUUCCGUUUACUGUAUAUUCACUGUGGUAAAAGAGCAGGCAGGCAACAAACCAAGCUUUUUACAGMAAAGUGGCUUCGACAAUGUAAAUAACCUCCAAGGAAACCAAAAGGAAUAUCAACAGGUAUUUUUAGGUGUGAUGAGACAAAAGAACAAAAGAUGCCGUAGAAGAGAGGCUGCUUACAAGCCGGGAAUCUGCUUCAAAGCACAACAAAUGGAUCUAUCACCUCCCCCUGCCGCCUCUAGAUAAUGAUACUUGGCUGAAGCUACUACAUCUUUAUGAUCCCUCCUCCAUCUAUGGCGAACUAUAGCCAUGCAGGGGACCACAACAUCUUGCAGAAUGUCUCUCCUCUCGCCACGUUUCUYAAACUGACGUCCCUGGGUUUUAUCAUUGGAGUCGGYGUCGUUGGCAACCUCCUGAUCUCCAUCCUACUGGUCAAAGACAAGAGCCUGCACCGCGCACCGUACUACUUCCUGCUGGACCUGUGCGCCUCGGACAUYCUGCGCUCYGCCAUCUGCUUCCCCUUYGUYUUCACCUCYGUCAAGAAUGGUUCCACCUGGACGUACGGCACSCUUACCUGCAAAGUGAUAGCCUUCCUGGGGGUGCUGUCCUGCUUUCACACAGCGUUCAUGCUCUUCUGUGUGAGUGUGACACGCUACCUGGCCAUAGCCCACCACCGCUUCUACACCAAGAGGCUCACCUUCUGGACGUGUUUGGCAGUCAUCUGCAUGGUGUGGACGUUGUCGGUGGCCAUGGCCUUUCCCCCGGUGCUGGACGUAGGGACGUACUCCUUCAUCAGGGAGGAGGACCAGUGUACGUUCCAGCACCGCUCGUUCAGAGCCAACGACUCCCUGGGCUUCAUGCUGCUCCUCGCCCUGAUCCUCCUGGCCACCCAGCUUGUCUACCUCAAGCUAAUCUUCUUCGUCCACGACCGCCGGAAGAUGAAACCAGUCCAGUUCGUGCCUGCUGUCAGCCAGAACUGGACCUUCCAUGGUCCCGGGGCCAGCGGCCAGGCAGCGGCUAACUGGCUGGCGGGGUUCGGCAGGGGCCCCACCCCGCCCACCCUGCUGGGCAUCAGGCAGAACAGCAAUGCAGCCGGCCGGCGACGCCUGCUGGUGCUGGACGAGUUUAAGACUGAAAAGAGGAUAAGUAGGAUGUUCUACAUCAUGACCUUCUUCUUCCUCACACUGUGGGGCCCAUACCUAGUGGCCUGCUAUUGGAGGGUGUUUGCCAGGGGCCCCGCGGUCCCAGGGGGGUACCUGACCGCGGCGGUGUGGAUGAGCUUCGCCCAGGCGGGAGUCAAUCCCUUUAUCUGCAUCUUCUCCAACAGGGAGCUCCGGCGCUGCUUCAGCACCACUCUCCUUUACUGCAGAAAGUCCAGGUUACCUAGGGAACCCUACUGCGUUAUAUGAAGGCUUGGGUUGUUUUUUUCCUUCCACUCCUCCACUGAUUGAUCUCAAUUUGGGUUUGGUCCCAUUGUACAGCUCUCUUUCUCUUCAUCCUCCAGUUUCUCCUCCUCCUCCUUCCCUCUCUUCUGAGGCAGAAGUUGGACURUCAAUCACUCCCUUGGUUCUGUGAUUGAACAUCAAACAUGGAGGUUGAAGGAAAUGAAAUAAGCAGGUAGCUGAGAACCCCUCCUAUGUUUAUGUUCUAGUAAACAACUGCUGUGGAAGGUUAUUUAGAAGCAGAGAAGAUGAAGAAAAAAUUGUCAUUGGUGAAACUACAAAAACAAAGGACUGACCCCUUGCUUUGGAUAUUUUGACGAUAAUUCUUUGAGGUAAAAGAUUUUGGUGAAAAAAAACACAGAAAACAAAGAAACGAUUUCCUCUAAAGAGUCACUGGAAUUGUUUUACAUUUAAAAGUUGCACUAAAAAGAAGAUGUAAAGAUGCUUUUUUUGAUCAACGGUUGCAUUGCAAGGUGCAAGGACAACUUGUUUUCCCCUCUAACUAAACAAUGAAUGCUUUAAUUUGCAACAGACAUCCCAUUCGCUGUAUGUAAAGCAAAACAAUGUUCUGGUGACUAACUGUUGGACUACACCUUCACAAGAGGAUUAAAUUGGUUUUAAUGUAAGUGAUAUCUUUUUCAUUUUGGGGGGUGAGGGCGGCAGGGGUGGGGGGCUUAAUGAAGGGAAUAAUGAAGUGUGGUUUUGAAGUUGCAACUUAAAUCUAGAAAUUAUUUCUUGUAGUUUUACGAUCCAUGUGUCCCUAUUGUCUGGAAAAKUUAUUUUUCUGAAUCUGCUCACAUUUGACAAAAAAAMMAMAACAUAUUAAACGAUGUUUGGAUAAAAACAUAGUUUUUUGAGAACAAACAAACCUUAAGAAAGACAGUGAAGAAAUACUUAAAUGUGUCACAUCCAUGUUACCUAAACACUGAAAUAUUGUUACAGUAUUGCUGAAGCCACUCCAGGUGUUCUUGCCUUAAUGGUUCUGAUAUUGUUCUGUUUUUCAGUUGUUGGGUUUUCUCAUCCACUSCUGAAAAGUCCUUGACUCUUUUCACAUCAAUGUCAAGUGCAUGUUCAUUUUAAAAAGCUGGUCCACUCUCGUAAGCAUCACGGGUCAUACACUCAGCAGAGCAGCCAAUUUUUUAUUCUGCAAAGGUUUGCUAUGUACACCCCACAGAGUGCUCAGAGCACAGGGAGUGUGUGUGUGUGUGCGUGGGCACAUGUGUGUUUGUGUGGGAAUCUUCAGACAGCUGUCACUUCAAGACCAGAGCCUUAYUWUGAAAUCUUGCACAAUUUGUAAAAAGUGUUGAAGGAUAAAAACAUUUAAGGCACACCGUCUUGUUUAUUUAUACUUUCCCUACAUUUGCUCUCUACUGAUUGUUUUCAAUAACUUACUUUUUCUCUUGUGGCCAUUUUAAUAUUUAUUCUGUAUUCUUUUUUGUAUAUUAUCGAUAGAUUGUGUGUAAGUAUGUGAGUCUUUCAUUUUGAAGUCCCGAAUGUGAGUACAGUUUAAAUUAGGAUUGCAUUCGCUGAAAGUUAACUGUGUAAUCUGUUGAAAAUAAAAUUUUACAUUUUG